AUGGAAUAUAAAAAGCCUCUUAUUGGUACAAACGAAUCAGAAGAUAUAGAGAUGGCUGCAGAACGAGUGACUGUAUAUGAUGCAUCACCCGAAUACAAACCUGAAUCAGAGAAUAAAAACAAUAUUAGACGAUAUAAUCGUCCACGAACAGGAUCAUCUUUAUUUCAUCGGAAGCCAAUAUUGAUUUUAACUAUCAUUGCCGUUCUUAGCCUAAUAACUAUUAUUAGUUUUACAAUAUGGGCUAUUUUUAUUAAAAAAAUCGAAACAACAAUUACCACAACUGCAAGUACAAGUGUUGUAUCGACAACAAAAACAACAAUGCUUGCAACGUCGACAAUAACAACAACAACUAUGCUUACAACGUCGACUAGUUCUCAUACAAUAACAAUGAAUGAACCAAAAUGGGACAAAUGGAAACAAAAUGCCAUCACUGUGGCCGGUGGAAAUGGAGAAGGACAAAAAUUAAAUCAAUUUCGUCGUCCUCGCGGAAUCUUUAUUGAUCAAAAGAAAAAUAUUUUCAUUGCUGAUGUUGAGAAUCAUCGUAUUGUUGAAUGGAAAUAUAAUGCAAAAGAAGGACAAAUCAUUGCAGGUGGAAAUGGGCAAGGAAAUCGAAUGGACCAAUUGAGUUAUCCACAAGCUGUGAUUAUUGAUCAACAAAAUCAUUCGAUCAUCAUUGCUGAUUUGAGUAAUAGACGAGUAAUUCAAUGGUUGAAUCAAAAUCAACAAAUUCUCAUUGAUAAUAUUGCCUGUGAUGGCUUGGCAAUAGAUAAAGAUGGAUUUAUUUAUGUUUCUGAUUAUAAGAAGAAUGAAGUGAGACGAUGGAAAAUGGGAGAAUAUAAGAACGAAGGAAUUGUAGUAGCAGGUGGAAACGGACAAGGAAAUCAGCUCAAUCAACUCUACGAUCCUACUUAUCUCUUUGUCGAUAAAGAUCAAUCUAUUUAUGUUACAGAUUGGGACAAUUACCGUGUAAUGAAAUGGAUAAAAGAUGCAAAAGAAGGAAAAAUUGUGGCUGGAGGAAAUGGUCAAGGAAAAAAUCUCAAUCAGUUAUCUGAUCCUGCAGGAGUCAUUGUUAAUGAUUUGGGUCAAAUCUAUGUAGCAGAUAGUGGAAAUGAUCGAAUAAUGCGUUGGUGUGAAGGAAAAGAAGAAGGUGAAAUUGUUGUUGGUGGAAAUGGUGAAGGAAUUCAAUCAAAUCAAUUAUAUAGUCCUCGUGGUUUAUCUUUUGAUGAUGAAGGAAAUCUUUAUGUUGUUGAUCGGGGAAAUCAUAGAGUUCAAAAAUUUGAAAUAAUUUUGUGA